AUGGUUAUUUAUUUGUCAGUAUCCGGUUCUAGAAGUGCAACAGAGUAGACGGGCUAUCUACCUUAACUCCACCCCUCGUUACUUGCAUUCUUUGAACAUGCACUAGAACGCCUCCUCUCAAAUGGUCGCUUGUCGCGUUUAGUGUUAACACUCACUGCGCGGUGUCGCUCUGCUACUCAUCAACCCUAGAUAUAGGUAAGGGGGCGAGAAGUAUUUUAACUCAACGUCAAACGCUAAAUGAACUCAGACAGCCAGUGACAAGUGGGAGAAGUGACAGUCAAAAAGCUCGACCUUUGGCUAGCUAUAGAUACUAUUAUAAUUAGGCACCAAGUUACUUUAGCAUAAUGUCGUUCAUUAUGAUGAAGAAAAAGAAAUUCAAAUUUAAGGUAGAUUUCGAGUUGGACGAACUAUCUUCUGUUCCCUUUGUUAACGGGGUCCUGUUCUGCAAAGUACGACUGCUAGACCGUGGCUUUACAGAAGAGUCCUCUCGGGAGCAGGUCCAGGCUAACUGUGUGCGCUGGAGGAAGAGGUUCUCUUUCCUGUGUAAGAUGAGUGCCAACGCUGGGACAGGAGUACUGGACCCCUGUGUGUGUCGGGUGUCUGUGCGCAAGGAAAUGAAGGGUGGAAAGACCUUUGCCAAGCUGGGUUUUGCUGACCUGAACCUGUCAGAGUUUGCUGGCUCUGGCAGAACGACGCGCCGAUGCCUACUAGAGGGUUACGACACCAAGAACUCCAGACAGGACAACUCUAUACUCAAGGUUGUCAUUAGUACACUGCUCAUGUCUGGGGACCCCUGCUUUAAAACGCCACCGUCCACGGCCAUGAAACUGGGCCUUCAGCAGGCUGAGGCAGAGUGUCUCCACGAAGACCGGAAGGGAGGGGACACACACACACCAACACCCUGCCUCCCCGUCCCAGAGGCCCCAGGGAAGUGUGCAUCUGUUCCUGAUGAACUGGGAGCAUGUGGCCAUUCUAGAACGUCCAGCUACGCCAGCCAGCAGUCCAAAGUCUCAGGCUACAGCACAGGUCACUCGCGCUCUUCCAGCCUAUCAGAGCUCACGCACAAGAGGAACCCCUCAGCAGGCUCCGCCUCGACGGGCAUUGCAAGCAUUCCUGAACCCAGAGAGGACCGGGGGACCGAGAGGGGGGAGAAGGAGGCCCACUCUACACUCCCGGUCUCUGUCACCUGUGCCUACUUCCCCGUGCCUGAAUAUCCCCCCACCCCCACAAAGAGCUCUGCCUCCGAGAGACUGAGCAGGCAUCUGAUGAAGCAGAACUCAGUGGAGUCUCAGCUGAAGAGAGUGGAUGCUACCCGGGUGGAUGCGGACGACGUUGUGGAUAAGAUCCUCCAGAGCCAGGACUUCAGCCACGGCCUACUGGACUCCAGCACUGAGGAGGAGGGGCUCAAGCUGUUUGUUGGUCCUGGUGGAAGCACGGCGCUGGGCAGCCAACACACCAGGGUUGGGGCUGGGCCCUACGAGCAGGUGGUGAUCAAACGCUAGCCCCCAGGGGGAGCGGACAUGUGAGACUGCUUCCCCUAGUGUUAAAGGAAGAAGGUGACCUGAGGUUCAUGUCAACUUCUUUUUGAGAAGAAAGAGGAGGAUAUACUGUGCAUUUGGCAAGUGUUCAGACCCUUUCCCUUUCCCACAUGUUAUAGCCUUAUUCUAAAAUGUCUUAAAUGACAUGUUUUCCUCAUCAAUCUACAAACAAUACCCCAUAAUGACAAAGUGAAAACAGUUUUUUAAACACAGAAAUACCUUACCUACUUAAUAACUUAAAUAUUCAUACCCUGGCCUCCCGAGUGGUCCAGUGGUCUAAGGCGCUGUGCCACUAGAGAUUCUGGGUUCGAGUCCAGGCUCUGUCGCAGCCGACUGUGACCGGGAGACCCACGGGGCGGCGCACACCUGGCCCAGCGUCGUCCGGGUUAGGGGAGAGUUCGCCGGCAGGGAUGUCCUUGUCCCAUCGCGCACUCUGACACAUUGGUGUGGCUUCCGGUUUAAGUGGGCGUUGUGUCAAGAAGCAGUGCGGCUUGGUUGGAUUGUGUUUCGGAGGGCGCACAGUUCUCGAACUUCACCUCUCCCGAGUCCGUACGGGAGUUGCAGCGAUGAGACAUGACUGUAACUACCAAUUGGAUACCAAGAAAUUGGGGAGAAAAAGUAAUGCCCUUUGCUAUGAGACUCGAACUUAAGCUCAAGUGCAUCCUGUUUCCAUUGA